AUGGAGCUCUCGCAGGAGAGACCGCCGGCGUCUGACGUGGUGCGCUCGCCCAAUCCGACAACCACAACGACGACGACAUGGCCCGCCGUUCCCCAGCACACACCCGAGAGGAUUGAGAAAUCACCGGCGCAAUCCGAUAUCACCUUGCCAGGUCUAAAGACGGUGCUAUCUCCUGAAUUCGAGCGACGUUCAUCCACACAGGGCAGCCCACCUGCGCACGGCUCACCCCAUUCUACAAGAAGUCUGCCGAGGAUUGAUCCGGGAUAUGCYAACAUUACAGAUACACGCAGGGCGGGCGACACGACCAUGGCGAGUCCGCUGGGGACUGCAAGUGCCAUGAGUGGAGAGGAUCGAGCGUUGCGAUCAACAAGUGUAGUGUCAAUGGAUGAUCCAGACGUGCGCAUCGCCGCAGAAGCACUUUCGGGACUUGGGAAUCCAGCAGCUUUUGCGCGCUCCACCCGAGGUCCAAGCAUGCACAUGUCGGCACAUGCGAGCCCUGCAAUCGGCGCGCCGGCCGCGCAUGAUGAACCUUUGCUCGAACUGAUCGCUCAAGCACAUCCAUGGGUCGGAGGAACCAUCAAGGGAUCGAUGUCUGCCUACUCCACCACAAAGUACUAUUCUCCCCGCUUUGUUCAAUAUGGUUACAAUCUGGUCGAGCGUAACAUCACGACUCCCGUUGUGAGUGUAGUCAGUACAGUCGGCGGGAUGACUGGAGUUGAAAAUGGUAUGCGCCGAUACUUGGAAGCUCGACGGCCAAUGGACCUUGAACGAGGCCAGAAGGGAGAUUCAAUGGAUGUCGAUGGCUACGCGGACGCCAUGCCAAGGCAAGGACGAGAUGUCAUCACUGAGCAACUGCCUGCAUAUGGUGCUAGCAGACCGCCCUCCUACCGAGAAGAGGAAAGUCCAGCGUCAGCUGAUCGAUCGAAUGAGCGCCCGCCCCACAAUCGCAGUUGGUCUUCGCAGAUCUUCGUCACGACUUCUGGUCUUUCGGUUGCGCUGAGCGCUACAUCACGCCAUAGCUUGCGAUUCUGCUUGAACAUGCUCAGUCAUGCUUUUGCGAACGUCGAGCAACUGACGCGAGCAUUGUCCAUUGCCUUGAACCAGUAUGAGGAUACUCGCCAACAGAGUGUUGACGGCUCCACGCUUGAGAAGGGCGAGCGCCUCUCAACACCAGACCGCAAUGAAGAUGCCAGACAACUCGCGAACGACAUAAAACACCGAUGUGACCAAAUCAUGCAGACGCUGCGUUAUGUCGUCGAUCAUGUCAACAACUACGCAGGCGGCGCACUCCCUGCAAAUGCCCGCGAAUUUGUCAGAGCCCAGCUGAUGUCAUUACCACAACGGUGGCGCGUCGUGUCCGAUGGCCAGUCCACCGGUUCUGAGACCAGUCGCCAUGCACAAAGAAUGAUUGCAUUCGCCACCGAGGGUCUGGAUAUGAUGACUCAGGUCAGCGGUGUCCUGAAAGCAACCCUCGAAUCUGCUGAAAAGUGGCUUGAGAGGGUGGGUCGUCAGGAUCAGGACCAGCGUAUGGAGGACCAACACAGGCAUGGCCAAGAGUCGACGGAUCAACACAUGCACGAUGACAAAUCGUAG